CAACCCGCGCAGCACUGCAUGCUGGGAUACCUUCCUGUCAUGGCGGAAGAGUUAGCUGGCUAACGUUGUCUGUGCGUGAUUGUUCGGCUUCGCACGUUUUGGAAACUACGACCGCGACCCUUGAAAAAAAAUCGACUCUCCGGCUAGUGCCUCGCAACUUACACGGGGUACGCUUCUAACGUUAAGAGGACCCUUUACAACAGCAUCUUCAACAGGGCAAAUGGAGUGUGCAGUGGAUGUUCCAGCCGGUGAGGAUGAGACAACCGAAAAAGAUGAUGUGAAUUGCACAGAAGGGACUGAAACACCUCAUAAAAGAAACAAGAAGCAUAAAAAGCACAAGAACAAGAAGAAGAAAAAGAAGAAGAGGGGUGAAAGGGAAAGCAGCUCGGAGUCUGGUGCUGAGUCUGAGGCGGAGACGGCUCUUCUGAAAAUUGCACGGACUACAAGAGCCAGUGCAAGGUUGGCCGCAAAAGCAGGCGAUCAUGCUGGGCAGAAGGAAGAGACUAAAACAGAUUGUGUGGACAAGGAGGGAGAUGCAAAAUCUAAAAAACACAAAAGACAUGCUGCUAAGAAGAAGAAAAAGAAGAAGAAGAAGGAUGAAAAGAAAUCCCAGUCUCGCUCCUCAUCUGAUAGCAGCUCUGGCUCAGGUUCUGAAUCUGAAACGGAGGGGCGUGCAGGGAUAGGUGAUGGCAAAUCUUCUCCAGCGGUAGCGCCUGGCCAGCCUGAGCCUGUGACCCUCAUGUCAACACAAAACAACAAAGAGGAUGAGAAAGGUGUUCCCAGUCUGCUGAAUCCUGAACCACUUGAAGAGAAGAAAGAGUGCAUGUCUGAAAUGGAUGUUCCACAAAACGCAGAGAAGACCACAAACGAUAGUCAAACCAAUGGAACAGAAAAUGAUAUAAAGUCUCCACUGCCUAGCCUGGAUGAGGUAAAACAGACAGGAACAGUUCAGAUUAAGGAAGAAGCCAGUCUAGGAGAUGGUACCUUGGGUCAUGCCAAUGAACUUCCUGACAUUAUUCCUAAACAGGAAGGUAAUGUACCUAGAGAUGAGCCAAUACCGAAAGAUGAAUUAAUUUCAAUGCAGCAGCAGCAGCAGGCACCUGUAAAAGAGUCUGGUUCACCCAGGCCAGCAUCUCCCCUCCCUUUUAUGGGCCCAGCUAUUAAGCAGUCUGGGUCGAGACGGAGUCGAUCACCAUCACCAAGUCCCCCGAAGCAGCAGAGUGCGGAACAAACAGUAGCGGCAGUGGCAGAACCACCUGAAAAUCAUUCAAGAUCAGCUUCAAAGGACAAGCAAUCUCCCACUCGCCUAAAUAAGCGGCAGCUGUCGCGCUCAAUUUCCCGCUCUCCGUCUCCUAAACCGAGGAAGAAGGCUGUCUCCCCACCCUCAAGAUCUCCCAAAAGAGCUCGCCGUCGGUCGUGGUCCACCUCUCGGUCGCGUACGCCCAAGAGGAGGUCAUUUCGGUCUCCUCGCAGGUCCAAGACGCCAAAACGCCGGAGAAGCUCGUCUUUGUCUCCGAGGCGACGUCGAAGUCCCCCAUCUACAAAAAGAAGAUCCUCAAGAUCGCCAAGACGUGGCGGGCGCAGGUCGCGCUCUUUAUCCCGCUCUCCAAGGAGAAGCCGGAGAUCAAAAUCCCGCUCGCGAGGGCGCAUGAGGCGCUCCCGGACACGCUCGCCCAGACGUGGUGGUGCAAGCGGUAGGCGGUCGCGGUCUCGCUCUUUUGCCAGGGCCCGUCGUUCCAGAUCCAGGCGUCCUUACAGGCGCUCCAGGUCACGUUCCUUGGCCAAACGUACCGGUGGCAGGCGCUCAAGGAGUCGAUCUUUGUCGCGACAUAGGAGGUCGCCACCUCCCAGAGCACGCCGCUCACGCUCCAGGUCUGCCCGUAGGCGCAGGCGGACUCGAUCACGCUCCAACACAACCUACAAACGUCAGCGGCGCUCUAGAUCAAGGAGUGGCCGCAGACGCACCAAAUCCCGAACGCCCACUUCUCGCUGGCGCUCCAAAUCCAGGUCUCCGGUUAGAAGGCGGUCUCGUUCCCCUGCCCGGAGAAAGCGGUCUCCGCCAAGGUCUAGCAAACGCUCAAAAUCCCGCUCGUUGCCUAGAAGGCGCAGAUCAAAGUCACGCUCGCCAUUGCUGAGCAGAAAGAGGUCCGAAUCACCAAGGAUCCGCGUCAGAAGGUCAAAGUCAAAAUCUGUCUCUGUUGGCUUGAACAGAUCCAAGUCCAAAUCCCGGUCUGGGUCAAGUGAUAGACCGUCUGAUAGGUCCUCCCAUGCCAGAUCCGCCUCACCCCCUCUUGAGAAGGCGUUGUCUUCUCCCCAGGCGGUGCAAGCAUCUCCAGAGAAGAUGGCGUCUCCAGAGAAGAUGGCGUCUCCAGAGAAGAUGGCAUCUCCAGAGAUGAUGGCAUCUCCAGAGAAGAGGGCGUCUCCAGAAAAGAUGGCGUCUCCAGAAAAGAUGGCGUCUCCAGAAAAGAUGGCGUCUCCAGAAAAGAUGGCGUCUCCAGAGAAGAUGGCGUCUCCAGAGAAGAUGGCGUCUCCAGAAAAGAUGGCGUCUCCAGAAAAGAUGGCGUCUGCAGAAAAGAUGGCGUCUCCAGAAAAGAUGGCCUCCGCAGAAAAGAUGACGUCUGCAGAAAAGUUGGCGUCUCCAGAAAAGAUGGCGUCUACAGAUAAGUUGGUGUCUGCAGAAAAGAUGGCUUCUCCAGAAAAAAUGGCGUCUGCAGAAAAGUUAGCAUCUGCAGAAAAGUUGGCGUCUGCAGAAAAGAUGGCGUCUGCAGAAACGGUGGCAUCCCCAGAAACUGUGGCUGCAGUAGCUGAAACCAUUCCUACAGCAGGUUGCUGGAAACCUGUGCCCUCACUGGUUGUUUCCAGUUCUCCAGCUGUUGCUCCAGUGGAUGAAGAGCAGGAGCCGCCUACAGCACCUGAAGCCAUCCCCGAAGAAGAGGAAACCGAACCGAGGGAGGAGGCCAGCAUAUGCCCCGAACAUGAUGUUUCGGGGACUGUGUCUGGCUCUCAAGAACCUGUCACUGUACCAGAGGGAUCUGAACGCUCCGAAGGCUUGGAUGAAGAAAUAGAAAGUUCCCCACCGCCGGCGAACACGCAAGUAGAAUCAUUGAAAAGCCCUUCGCAUUCCGCAUCUCCAGAAAGGCAGAGCAAAGAGUCUUCGGCUUCACCCACGGAUCAUAGGGAACCUUCCCGCUCAGCUUCACCCCGAAAGAGGUCAAAGUCUCCAGUGAGGAAGAGAGAAUCUGUCUCACCAUCUGAAAAAAAGAAGCGCCGGUCCAAAUCUCGGAGUCCUGGCCGGCGCAGAAAAUCCAGCCCUUCUCGUUUUGCCACGCGGCGCAAGCGAUCCCGUUCCAAGUCUCGAACCAGGGCACGCCGAUCCAAGUCCCGCUCUCCAGCCCGCAAGAGACGCUCCCGCUCUCGCUCGCCCAAUGCCAGGGGGAGGAAAAGAUCCAAGUCCACGGACAGGAACAAGCGCUCCCGGAGCCGAUCCGCCGGCCGCAAGAAAAGGUCUAGGUCAGGAGACAGGGGUCGCAGGUCCAGGUCUCGUUCAUCUGACCGAAGACGCAGGUCAAGAUCCAGAGGUCGAGGGAAGCGUCCGGUAUUUCGCAGUCGCUCAUUUGAUAGAAGGGAUAGGUGGAAAAGGGAGCCUAGCCACUCCCCCGUUCUGAUUCUCCGCAAGCAGCGCCGCUCAGGGUCGCGGACACGGCGCAGUGCCAGCAAGUCGCCUCCGAGGCUCACUGACCUAGAUAAGGACCAGUUACUGGAGAUAGCCAAGGCCAACGCAGCUGCCAUGUGUGCCAAGGCAGGCGUGCCCAUCCCAGAGAGUCUGCGGCCGAAAGCCAUCCUCCAGCUUCCCCUCCCGACGCCGUCUCCUGGCCCCCUCUCGCUCCCACUGCCGUUACCCCUCUCCAUGGGCAUGGGGAUGCCAAAUAUGCCCAACAUGGGUCCAAUGGGCUUGCCCGGUAUUCCGGGAAUGCCCAGCAUGUCCAACAUCACCAUGAGUGCCGCCAUGGCAAGUAUGACGGCGGCCACCAUGACUGCCGCCUUGACCAACAUGGGGGCCUUGGCGGCAAUGCCUCCCCUUGCUCCUCUUCCCACCAUCACAAACAAACCUCCCCCUUGUCUCGCGCCACCAACCCCUUCGCUGAACCUGGACCACAUUGAAGAAGCGAAAAGGAAAGUCACGCAGCAAGCGAACAUCCACACCAUAAAGGAGCUGACAGAGAAAUGUAAGAUGAUUGCCAACAGUAAGGAGGAGAUGGCUGUCGCUAAACCUCAUGUCUCGGAUGAUGAAUUCUAAACCCUUCAAGGCGCUCACUGACUCGAAGUUAGACAAAUUAUGUGAAGAUGCUUUUUUUUUCACCUCCCCUCCUAAGACCCGCACAGGAAAAUCUAACAAAAAAAAAUGAUUUUUUCAGGACAAAAUCCCCACUGUAGUUUCAGUUGGAAGUCACGUGGUGUAGCUGAGCCUCACAAAAAAGAGAGCAUCCGACCGAGUUGCUUAUAACUCUUCCCCACGUUGCUUCCGUUGCCGUGGCUGGGUCAUAUACCACUCAAGAAACUGGACACGUUGACUUCUCGUGUGCAUGAUUGUAAAACUAUCGUGCGAAUGUGAGUGUGUGUGUGUGUAUAUAUAUAGUGAUUUUCACCAACACCAUCCCCUCAGUGUUGCUGCUUCCUCAAGCAGUCACUGUUGUAAAGACUGAAACCAAACUUACUAGUGGCGCCUUUUUUUUUCUUUUUCGUUUUUGUAAACGCCUAGUUCGUCUCAAUUGGUUUUACUUAAGAUUUCUUAAAGGACCGUGUAUAGUGGACACUGCUUCCUUGUUCUGCUGUAUUCCCUAGUUUUUGCGUUUGUUUUUUUAAAAAACAUUGUUUCAGUUGAUUUUCAUGCGUGAUUUGUUGACACGAGCUUGGGUAAUUUUGCAAAAGUUGUGGGAUAACUGAGAAAAGCAGAUUAGACGGAGCAACGUCUCCCUGUCACCAAACACAUCAAAAUUCAAUUAGUUCCGCCUCGGUUGUGACUCUUAUUUCUUUAAAAGUGGCAGCUAAAUUUAACUAUGAGAUGCACGCACAGAGGAAAUAAUUCAUUUUACAAACUGUAGGAGUACAUAUUUGGAGUGAUAGUGGAUUUGAAAAGCUCGACAUCGCUCGCUGUGAUUCCAACAGUGGAUCAGAUUCAGACAAUCACUUCUUGUUUUUUGGCCCAUCUAUUAAUGUCGUUCAUAACCAUUAAACUUGGAUUCAUGUCAGUUCACUACAGCGAAAAUGAAUAAGCUGCCAUCCUCUCGUGACCAAGGCUGUCUUAGAGGUGGAACAUAACUCAAAGAUGUUCUUUUUCGAUUGUGUCUGCUUCUCGAUCAGCGCAUGAAGUUCCUUGAGGUGAUCCUUAUCGCUAUUUUAACGACAGGAGAGAAAAGAGGAAUCUGCAUUUUAGGAUUUUUUUUUUCAGGGGGGUCAUUUGAAUAAGACAUUGCUUGCUCUGUAAAUAAAUGUGAUAAUGAUUAUUAAAAACCUCAUUGAUCUGUA